GCCGGAGGCCAGGGCAGCGCGGCGGCAUGGACACGGACCUGUACGACGAGUUCGGGAACUACAUCGGGCCCGAGCUGGACUCGGACGAUGAGGACGAUGAGAUGGGCCGAGAGUCCAAAGACCUGGAUGAGCUCGAGGACGAUGACGAUGAUGACGAUAUGGGGGACCAUGACGAGGACCACCCUGGGAUGGAUGUGGUGCUGCAUGAGGAUAAGAAGUACUAUCCCACUGCUGAAGAGGUCUAUGGGCCCGAAGUAGAGACAAUUGUACAAGAGGAGGACACGCAGCCUCUCACUGAGCCUAUUAUUAAACCUGUGAAAACCAAAAAGUUCUCUCUGAUGGAACAGACAUUACCAGUCACUGUCUAUGAGAUGGAUUUCCUGGCAGAUCUGAUGGACAACUCGGAGCUAAUUCGAAAUGUGACUCUGUGUGGGCACCUUCACCACGGCAAGACGUGUUUUGUUGACUGCCUCAUAGAACAGACACACCCCGAAAUCCGGAAGCGCUACGACCAAGAUCUUUGCUACACUGAUAUAUUGUUCACAGAGCAAGAGAGGGGAGUAGGGAUCAAGAGCACACCAGUGACAAUUGUUCUGCCAGACACCAAAGGAAAGUCUUUUCUCUUCAACAUCAUUGACACUCCAGGUCACGUUAAUUUCUCUGAUGAGGUGACCGCUGGCCUUCGUAUUUCGGAUGGCGUCGUGCUUUUCAUUGAUGCGGCUGAGGGGGUGAUGCUGAACACAGAGAGGCUGAUCAAGCAUGCUGUGCAGGAAAGGCUGGCGGUGACUGUGUGCAUCAACAAGAUAGACCGACUGAUCCUGGAGCUGAAGUUGCCCCCUACAGAUGCUUAUUACAAACUCAGACAUAUUGUAGAUGAGGUUAACGGGCUGAUCAGCAUGUAUUCCACGGAUGAGAACCUCGUUCUGUCUCCCCUUCUGGGGAACGUGUGUUUCUCCAGUUCACAGUACAGCAUCUGCUUCACGCUGGGAUCUUUUGCAAAGAUUUAUGCAGACACAUAUGGAGAUAUCAACUAUCAGGAGUUCGCAAAGCGGCUUUGGGGUGACAUCUACUUCAACCCAAAGACCCGCAAGUUCACUAAAAAGGCCCCAACGAGCAGUUCCCAGCGCAGUUUUGUGGAGUUCAUUCUGGAGCCCCUGUACAAGAUCCUGGCUCAGGUGGUGGGGGAUGUGGACACGACCCUGCCCAGGACUCUGGAUGAACUCGGCAUCCACCUGACCAAAGAGGAAUUGAAACUGAACAUUCGGCCCCUCCUGCGGCUCGUCUGCAAGAAGUUCUUUGGGGAAUUCACAGGCUUUGUGGACAUGUGUGUGCAGCACAUCCCCUCCCCAAAGGUGGGAGCCAAGACCAAAAUCGAGCACACCUACACCGGUGGCGUCGACUCGGAUCUAGGGGAGGCCAUGAGUGAAUGCGACCCUGACGGUCCACUGAUGUGUCACACAACGAAAAUGUACAGCACAGAUGAUGGUGUUCAGUUCCACGCCUUUGGCAGAGUGCUCAGUGGUACCAUCCAUGCUGGGCAGCCUGUGAAGGUCCUUGGGGAAAACUAUACCCUGGAAGACGAGGAGGAUUCCCAGAUCUGCACUGUCGGACGCCUCUGGAUCUCAGUGGCGAGGUAUCACAUUGAGGUAAACCGGGUUCCUGCUGGCAACUGGGUGCUGAUAGAAGGAGUGGAUCAGCCCAUAGUGAAGACUGCAACUGUCACGGAGCCUCGGGGCAAUGAGGAGGCUCAGAUCUUCCGCCCUUUGAAGUUCAACACCACCUCUGUUAUCAAAAUAGCUGUAGAGCCAGUCAACCCCUCAGAGCUGCCCAAGAUGUUGGAUGGUCUCCGCAAAGUCAACAAGAGCUACCCCUCGCUUACUACAAAGGUGGAAGAGUCUGGGGAGCACGUGAUCCUGGGGACAGGGGAGCUCUACCUGGAUUGUGUGAUGCACGAUCUACGGAAGAUGUAUUCGGAGAUUGACAUCAAGGUUGCCGACCCGGUUGUGACAUUCUGUGAGACAGUGGUGGAAACGUCCUCCCUCAAGUGCUUUGCUGAGACACCCAACAAGAAGAACAAGAUCACAAUGAUUGCUGAGCCUCUGGAGAAGGGACUCGCAGAGGACAUUGAAAAUGAAGUGGUCCAGAUAACAUGGAACAGAAAGAAAUUGGGUGAAUUCUUCCAGACCAAAUACGACUGGGAUCUGCUGGCUGCCCGUUCCAUCUGGGCCUUUGGGCCAGAUGCAACUGGCCCAAACAUCCUGGUAGAUGAUACACUGCCCUCAGAGGUGGAUAAGUCGCUGCUGGGCUCUGUGAAGGACAGCAUUGUGCAGGGAUUUCAAUGGGGGACAAGGGAAGGACCUCUCUGUGAUGAAUUGAUCCGCAAUGUGAAGUUCAAGAUCCUGGAUGCGGUGAUUGCUCAGGAGCCGCUGCACCGUGGCGGAGGACAGAUCAUCCCCACAGCCCGCAGAGUGGUGUAUUCUGCUUUCCUGAUGGCUACCCCUCGCUUGAUGGAGCCCUAUUACUUUGUGGAGGUGCAGGCUCCUGCUGACUGCGUGUCUGCAGUGUACACGGUCCUGGCCCGGCGGAGGGGCCACGUGACGCAAGAUGCUCCCAUCCCGGGCUCUCCUCUCUACACCAUCAAAGCCUUCAUCCCAGCCAUUGAUUCAUUUGGGUUUGAGACAGACCUGAGGACCCACACGCAGGGACAAGCCUUCUCACUCUCUGUCUUCCACCACUGGCAGAUUGUGCCUGGUGACCCCUUGGACAAGAGCAUCGUCAUCCGACCCCUGGAGCCCCAGCCAGCCCCACAUCUGGCCAGAGAGUUCAUGAUCAAGACCAGGCGCAGGAAGGGCUUGAGUGAGGACGUGAGCAUCAGCAAGUUCUUCGAUGACCCCAUGUUGCUGGAGCUGGCCAAGCAGGACGUCGUUCUCAACUACCCCAUGUGAACGUUCUGCUGUGGCAUGAGGGCUGCCCUGCGGUCCUGGCAGGCGUCUGUCUGUCCUUCCCCAUCCCUGCUCGUCCAGCCCUGGCUCCUGGAUGCUCUGGGCACACACAGAACCUCUCCUCAGGUCAUUCUUUCAUGGCUGUAGAAGUUUCCUUGGGCAUUCCUGGACUGUGCCUGCUCC